AGAGUUGGAGAAUGAGAGUACCAGUCUCACUGCAGCCCAACUGAAGCAGUUGAUUGUCUGUGGCCUCAGAGACCUGUAUGGAGAGGUUGGAGGGGCCUUCCCUUUUGAUCUGCUGAAGUUUGAAGAACACACUCUGACGGGCCUUCUCCGUGUCUACAGCAGUGGCCUCGUGAAGCUGUGGAGUGCCCUGACACUGUUGGGAUCCUAUCAGGAUGAACUGUGUGCUGUCAGAAUUAACCAGGUGUCCCCGUUUCUGUUAGCGCUGUCGGGGAAUAGUCGUGAGCUGGAGCUGGACUGACGCAGAACCGUUGGUUCAGUAUUGAAGCAGUGGUCCACAGCGCUGUGUAGAACCUCCCCAAGAAAAUCCCUAGAAUGAACUUCAUUUUCAGAAAUGUCUUUAGUAAACCGUAUUUGUACUCCACAUUCAACUCUGCAGCCCUGACCCAUGGACCAAAAACCAGGGGCCCCCUUCGACUGGCUACAUUAACCCAGCCACGCCACCUCCAUGUCGGGGAGCGAGCCUCCCUCACCAAGGCCUUCAGCGCUAGGGAUGUGGAGGCCUUUGCCGAGCUCACUGGGGACGUGAACCCAAUCCACCUGGACCCAAGCUACGCCAAAACCACGUCCUUUGAGACGCCCAUUGUCCACGGCGUCCUGAUCAACGGACUGAUCUCAGCGGUCCUGGGAACCAAGAUGCCAGGGACGGGAUGCAUCUUCCUGUACCAGGAAAUCAGGUUCCCGGCCCCGCUGUACAUCGGGGAAGAGGUGCUGGCUGAGGCGGAGGUGAAGAAGAUCAAGAUGUUGUUCGCUUUAAUCGCCGUGAGCUGCUCGGUGAAGGAUAAAGUGGUGAUGGAAGGAGAGGUCAUGGUCAUGAUGCCAGAGGAUCAGCAGCCAAGGGCUCAGUGAUAUCAGUUGGAAUGAACAUUGCACAAUACAGGACAACAGUCUGCAGGGAUGUUGUGAUAAACCUGCUGAAAAUACAUGUGAUUGAACAGGCUCUGGGAGUUUUUUAUUUUUGUAUUUCUGUGUAAUCUGUCUAACUGACAUUGUAUAGGAAUAUAUCGUUUGCAUACUCUGUCUUAUCUCCUGAAACCCAUUUCAGGAAAAGGGAGAUUGAUCAUAUCCAAAGGCUUUUGAGAAGAUGAGGGGAAUGAGGAUCAGUGUGGCUUAGGUCCUGCCCGUUUUGCCAGAAACUGCUUAGAGGUGUCUUUAUGUUUGUGUUUCGUGUGCUUCACUUCCUUUUCAAACCAUGAUGUUUGGGGAUCAUUUGUCAGACGCUCUUAGAGUCUGAUCGACUUACACUAUUGCGUUUUUGAGAUUUAUUUUCCUUUGUGACUAGUCCCUUGUGGAAAUGUAAGCCCCAACCCUGGAGUAGCAAGCACUGUGCGUCACUGAACUCAGCAUAACUGGGGCAGUAUUGAUUCUUGUUGUGUUUUUAGUGUAAAUGCAUUACUACUAUGAUAUUCUAAUGUUGUAAUAAAGCCAUGGGGUACAAUUUCACUCA